AGCGGCAGUAUGAACCUGGGCUGUGUGUGUCGGCCAGCCUGCUGGACCUUUGGCAGCGUGUUGGACUCCAGACACUGUGUCUUUGCCCUCACACUGGUCACGCUCCUUAUGCAGGUGGUUGUGGAGGCCAACUCGUGGUGGUCUCUGGCCAUGAACCCAUUAUUGAUCCCAGAGGCCUACAUCAUUGGUGCCCAGCCUCUGUGCAGCCAGCUGGUGGGCCUGUCGCAGGGCCAGAAGAAGCUUUGCCAGCUCUACCAGGACCACAUGCCAUACAUCGGUGAAGGUGCCAAGACCGGCAUCAGAGAGUGCCAGUACCAGUUCAGACAUCGGCGCUGGAACUGCAGCACGGUGGACAAUUCCUCUGUUUUUGGACGAGUCAUGCAAAUAGGCAGUCGAGAAACAGCGUUUACUUAUGCCAUCAGCUCAGCAGGGGUGGUGAACGCUAUUAGCCGUGCCUGCAGAGAGGGGGAGCUGUCCAGCUGUGGGUGCAGCCGUGAAACUCGCCCCAAAGAGCUGCCCCGAGACUGGCUGUGGGGCGGCUGCGGAGACAACCUCAACUACGGCUACAGGUUCGCCAAAGAGUUUGUGGAUGCACGUGAGAGGGAGAAGAGCUACCCUAAAGGCUCGUAUGAGAGUGCACGGUUACUGAUGAAUCUUCACAAUAAUGAGGCUGGAAGAAGGACGGUGUCAGACCUUGCCCAUGUGUCCUGCAAGUGCCACGGUGUAUCAGGCUCCUGCAGCCUGAAGACCUGCUGGCUGCAGCUGGCUGAUUUCCGCAAGGUGGGAGAUGCACUGAAGGAAAGAUAUGACAGUGCCGCAGCCAUGAAAAUCAACUCACGUGGAAAGAUGGUGCAGAUGCACAGCAAGUUCAACGCUCCUACAAGCCAUGACCUGGUGUAUAUAGAGUCCAGUCCGGACUACUGCUUGAAGAACCAAAGCACUGGCUCCUUGGGCACAUUGGGGCGCCUUUGCAACAAGACCUCGGAGGGCAUGGAUGGGUGUGAGUUGAUGUGCUGCGGCCGUGGUUAUGACCAGUACAAGGCACAGAUAGUGGAGCGCUGCCACUGCAAGUUCCACUGGUGCUGCUACGUCAAGUGCAAACGCUGCACCAAAAUUGUAGACCAAUUCGUCUGCAAGUGAGAAAAGGAGGUGUUGCCAGUGUGUGUUUGCUUGCAGAUGAUGGGCAUACACCUGUGUGUAUAGAUGAGCAGAGGAACAAAGGAGCUGAACACAGUGAGAAAAUGGAAGAAAGAAACUAUAUAAAUUAUAUUUAUAGAGUUAAACAAUUAUUGCAUUGCAAAAAGAGUGACUUUUUUUCAAAAAAAAUCUUAUGUCUUCAGAAACUGAGAGUAUUGUGAAAUAUUAAUUUUGAAAUGUUUAUGUUUUAUUUUGGUCGAGUCAUCACCGGCUGAUUUUAACCCUGUCAAGUGCCUAAAAAUGGCUAGAAAUCUCCCUGCAACCCACCCACAUCCCUUUAACUUCAAAAAAUCACUUUUUCGAAAAUUGGACUGUUUCCCUUUUCUAGCAAGUCUGUAGUUUGAUAUUUGUGCCAUAGUUGUCUAAUAGGUCCCGGUUUGAGACUGACUGUGUCAUGAGGAGAAUACCUGUGUGCUUUAGUGUAUGGAUGUGUUUUCAUGGGCCCAGUCCCAAACCAGCCUUCACAUUUUUACUGAAGUCUUCUUGUCCUCUCUAGUUGUAUGUCGAGUAAGGAACACUGUUGGUCUGUAUGAGUCCUUGGAGCACAGUGAGUACAAUAAAAGGGCUGUUUUGGGAAGUGGGUCAUUUAUUAAGCUGCCUUAAAAGACUUGGAUUUCCCCAGGUGUUGCAACAAGCCCUCCACCAUUAUGCACUUUGCAGCAGAGUCUUAAACCUGUCUUUGUGUGUGUUCAGCUGUUCUUACUACAGUGCAUCAGCAAAUAUAUCCACAUUAUAGCAUACAUUCCUUUCCGUAUUAAUUCAGAUUAUCCAUUAAUCAUUAUUCUUUACAUGGUUUGAAUAUAUAUGGGCAAUGUUGUGGUUACAUUGGUGAAAUAUUAAUGCUGUGUGUAUAUAGUAUGUGUAUCCAACUAACCAGUAAACUGUAUUUAUUUUCUUUAGCCAGAUCCUCCUUUAAGCUUAAAACAGAAACAAAUCUCCAUCAUAGAUCAAUAUUUAGUCCUGGUCCCCAAGUUGUAAAGUCACUUUUUUUUUUCUUUUUUCAAAUUUUGUUCCCACUAAUGUGGCUUUUCACUGUUUUUAUAAAGGGAAAUGCACCUUAUUGUUCCAAAAACCACAUCUUUCUGCUCACUCAUGUUCAACUUUACUGUUACACUCACACAUAUAUCACAGAUAUUCAGAUUUUGUCACCACAAAUUUCCAAUACCACUCAGUUAAGUGCUCACGCUCCUUGUGAUAAUUCUCAAUAGACAUUGUUUCUACCAAUCCAACUAUGUAUAUUUAUAAACAUCUCCAUGAAUUUGAGGUUUGUUAAACUUUAUACCAGAUUUUUUUUUUUUUUUUGCU